GAUAGGAAUUAGAAAAUGCUCACAAAACCCAUUACACUUUACAAAGUACACACCACCGUGUUUGAAUCGGAACGAAAACAAAAUGGCUGACGCCGUUAGAAUUGACAGAAUCCGUAUGCUGAAAGAGCAAGCGACCAAUCCUGAUCGACGGGACAAGGUCAACCGGAUCCUAACGGACCUAGGCAAGUUCGCCGUUGAUUCCGCCGUCAACGACUCUCUCAAAGCCGUUAACGGUAGGAAGCAGGUGCAUCAGAUUGUGCAGGAAGGGUUCAAGCAUCAACCUCCUUCACCCUCUUUAAAUGAUGAGAAGAAGUCUGAAGAUCUUAAAUUAGUAAUGGAGGAGCUGCAAGCUGUGAUGGAGGAAACGCAAGAAGACAUGCAUAAAGCAAAGCAAGGAAAUAAGAUAUCAGCCAAAUCUGUCAGUACAUCAGAGAAUCCAGAGCCUCAGAAGAAGACACCAAACGAAGGCAACAAGGAAUUGCAUCUUCCAAAAAUGGAUAAGAAAAGAGUUUUUAUUCGUUCUCGGCUUUAAAAUGGGACGAGUUUAACGACCUUGAUGCCUGAAAUAUCGCAGAUCAUAUUGUCGACAUGUAAUGGUAGUAGACUUAGAAUAACAUGUUGAGGAUUUGUAUAUGCAUUCUGCUCUACCUUAUGCCUGAAAUAUUGCAAAUUGUACUGUCAAAAUGUAAUGUAAUAGAAUCAGAAUAAUAUGUUGAGGAUCUGUAUAUGCAUUCUGCUCUACCUUAUGCCUGAAAUAUCACUAAUUGUACUGUCAACAUGUAAUUGUAAUAGAAUCAGAAUAAUAUGUUGAGGAUUUGUAUUUAUGCA